AUGCAUCAACAUCCUCGCUCAACGCCUCGAGCUACCACCUCAGCAAACAAUACUCCCACAGACCCGCAGCCUAGCAACAACCAAAGAGAUGGAAUGCCACCUCGACAAAGAUCCAGUGUAGACCUGGCCGCAUACACCGAAAGAGCCUCGACUACAGGCAGCGAGUCAUCACGGCAAACCCAGCUGCCGUCUGCCGAGCUCCGAGAGAAGGAGAACACGCGUAUGAACCAGAUACUGCAGCACUUUCAUACCAAGGCGGCGCUGCUGAUAUGCGGUGCGAGGGCCAGCUUACCUAAGGCUAGAAUGAGGGAUGGUGGCAUUAGACAAGAUCGAUGGUUCAAUAUCGUGUUGGACGAUACGGAUGCACUCCUCGAUGAUCUUGAAGAGUGGCGCCGGCUAGAUCUUGCAACCGAACGGCCGCCGCCUCUGGUCGUCGAGGUAUAUAUCGACACAGCAAACCUUAACCAGAACCAAGCUCUUGUCAUCACAGACGAGCUCGGGAAGCGCUGGGAUGUGUCGGAUGCUCUUGCAGGGUCGGCGAGCUCUAGUCCUCGCCCGACCAACAAGCAUGGUGGCAAGUAUUGCGAGGUGGUUCUCGAGCGCUGGACCAUCGAACUUGAUGGGCUCAGCAGUGCUGCCAAUGGUGACAAGACUGAACAACUGCCGAAUGUGUACAAGAAGGGUGUCGUACUCUUCCGCUCCUUGUAUGCCUUCCUGCGCUUUCUCCCAACGUGGAGGCUGUACAGAAGGCUUGGGCGUCAUUCAGCCAAUGGCGGAGGCCUGAAGCUCAAGUAUAGGCUACGAGCCGGUGAUCGAUCUAGUUCGACCCUUUCCGACAAGGAUUCUUUGUCAACGCCACUGUUUCCUUCGGAGAACAGCAAACACGAUCAGCGAUACAGCGACCUCUACGACAGCGACUACAGCACACACUCCCCUCCUCUGCCCGAAGGUCCUUCCCAUCACCGCUUUGACGACCUCCGCACACCCGCUGGUCGCUUGCGCAUACACCUUUCAUACCGACCUGCUGUCGACUUUACGGUCGCGAGCUCCGAAGCACUACUCAGCUCGCGCUUCCUCGGUCUUGAUCAAGGACUACCAGCAUUGCAAAGCGGGCGAUCACUACCACAGCAAGCACAAUCAGCAAAGCAGAAGAGCUCUUUUACUGCCGCGCCACCUUCUCGAACAGCGCCACGCGAGCCCAGAGCAUUGCUCGGCGCGUACGGUAGUUUAGGGACUUAUCAUAAUACUACAAACAAAAGAGAGUCGCCACUUUCUGCGUUGAAGCUUAGGAGUAGUCAGGAAGAAGCUGAGGAGUUGGAGCAAGCAGCGAUGACAGACCGAGAGCGCCCACAAUAUGGACGUCAUACUUCCGUUGGCCUUGAAGUCAGAUCGCCGUUCAAAGCAGGCUCUCUAUCAUCGUCUCCGCGUGGUGCUUUUGCAUCGACUACACCAAUCGGCGACUCGCCACCUGAUCAGAAACGUCCUUCAAGCUCCAGAAACACGACCAUACCAGCCGCAGGCACCUACACGGAAGGCAUUGACGAAGGCCGCGUUCCCAGAAGACCGAACUACCAUCCCACUGCGAAACGAAUCUCGCUCAAUACAUUACCACAACAAGCGCUUCGUGCACCACCAAACUCACUACCCAACGAAACAGCCAUAGCAUCGUCUGGCUCAGCAAGCCCUAUGGCACCGCCAAGCAUGCCACGCUUCAGCUCAGCUUUCGCCGGCCGAACGAAGCGCACAUCAUCAACCUCACAACCCAACAACGCCGAGAACAGCGCCGGUAGCUCAGCCCGGGGCUCGACAUCCGACCAAGCAGCCUCUGGCACCCGCUCCGACGACGACGACAUUGCCGAUUUCCUGAAACUCGUCGAAUCGAGAGAAGUGAAAGAUCUUAAGCUCUUGCCCUCUACACGGAAUCAUACGGUCGAUCUGAGCAAAUAUAGUAGUAUGCGGGACCCAUCUGCGCAGUUAGCAGACGAGAUCAGUGCGUCGUCUCUGCUCAAUCACGGCAGUACGCCACCGAGUCGAAGACUGAGUAAUGUUCCCGCUUUGUCAACGUCGAGUUCACCACGACCGCCGCAGCAUGUGCCACAUGUGAGGAGUCGGUUGAGUACGCAAAGUAUUGCUGAGGAGGCGGCUGUUCCGAAUACAGACGACCUGGAUCAAGACGAGGAGCCGUUAUUGUUUGCUACGGAGUUUUAG